AUGGAUGACGUAUCUCGGUCUCAGCUAUGGCAACCCCUCGACCCUUCAAGACGAGAGAUCAGGCUGCUGAUUCUGCAGCCUGACAAAGAUAGGCAUGCGUUUCCCAUCGGAAGACUCAUUACAGUGUCAUUAGAGCAGCAAUUGCACUAUGACGCUAUAUCCCAUGCUUGGGGUGGCCCCUCCGAGGUUUACUAUAUCAAUAUCAACAAAAUUAAAGUGCCAAUCACAUCCAACGUUCUGGAUGUCCUGCAACACCUGCGGGACCCGCAUCAAGAAAAGGCAUUUUGGAUCGACUCCUUGUGCAUCAACCAGUACGACACCAAGGAGCGCGCCGAGCAGGUGAAAUUGAUGGAACAUAUCUUCCAUCGCGCUGUCCAGGUUCAAGCAUGGCUUGGGUGUGAAUCUGCCGGUGUCGAAAGACUCAUUGAUGAUAUCAACAAUGACAAGGCACUUCAGAAACUCUUUCGCGGAAGGGAUUGGGAUCGUCGCCGCCAAAAUGAAGUUAGCAGCUUAAAAGACUUUGUGAGCAUACGGUAUUGGAGCCGGGUUUGGAUCCUCCAGGAAUUGGCGUUGGCGCGCAGCGUGGUCUUUGUCUUUGGCAAAAAGUCAUUCGCAAUGAAAAGAUUGGAAAAGCUGGACGGUGCUCUUCGUCAGGCGAGGCAAGAGUCAUGGGGCCGGGACCUGGUUGACGCUAUUAGUAUUCUCCUCCCUAUAAUCAGUGCGGCAAACCUGUUUCCUAUGGCUACAACGGGCAGCCGAGAAGAGAAAGCACGCCGUGCGGUCAAGAUGUUAAGUCGUGCACGUAGGCUGGGAUGCUCUGAUGCCCGAGAUCGCAUCUACGGAAUGAUCGGAAUCAUGACGGCCAUGUUCGGGCCCGACUUCAUUGACGCCGGCUACGAAUGCAGCUUGAGGGAAGUCUACACGCGGUUUGCGGGCAGACUGAUAAGCGAGACAGGGUCGUUGGCCAUACUCAAUCAAGCAGAGGUCAUUUUCUCCUCGAUCGAAGGACUGCCGACAUGGGUUCCGGACUGGGCGUCUCGAUCUGUGCACGACGGGGCAAACUACAGGAUGGAAUACUGUGAUUGGUUUCACGCGGCGGGAGAAUUCUCAGUUGAGCCUAAAGCGCUAGCUCCUACAUGUAUGUCGUCGUUGUCGCGCUCGAGUGUCCUGAAAUGCAUGGGGUUCAUCUUUGGCAUGGUUCGAGUAACUGGUGCGUACUGCGGGAGCUACCGGUGGCCCAAUUCGAAGAGGGAGCUCAGGCCUAUGAUUGAAAGCUGGCGACAGACAUACUCGGGCUCUGUCGAGUCAUUUAUGAGGACCAUCACUCUCUCGUUGUCGGCCCGAGCUUCGGAUCUGGAGGAGUGUUACAAGGCCGGCGAAUCUGGGAGCACAGAAACAGAGAGACGUAUUCGACGGCCCUGUAUGGAUGCGACAAGCGAGAGACGAUUCUUCGUGACCAACAACAACGCACCAGGCCUGGGACCCAGAGAUACGCGCCCGGGGGAUUUCCUCGCCGUCCUGGCAGGGGGAAGGGUACCCUAUGUGUUGCGCCGCAGUUCAAAGCCGGACGCCCUCCCAAAUACAUAUGCUCUCGUUGGCGAAUGCUUCGUGGACGGCGUUAUGUAUGGGGAGUUAUUCAAGGGGACAAGACCGCCUGAGUUUUCGGAUAUUUAUAUCGAAUGA